ACUGUAUCCUCGCCAUGCCAGUGCCAACAACAACCUGGGUACCCUGAUGACCAACGACUCCCAGCUACAGGAGCUGUACUACCGCCGCGCCAUGAACAUCACUCCACAACACGCCAAGGCACACUUCAACCUCGCCAACCUCAUCAGCAAACAAGGGAAGACAUCAGAAGCAGAGACCUUGUUCAGACGAGCCAUUGUCAUCCAGCCAGACUACAUCGAUGCUCGUGUCAACCUGGCCUCGUUACUGUCCGACUUAGAACGGAACCAGGAGGCCCUGGCCAUCUACCAGGAGUCACUAGAUCUGGACAGGGAAAACCCAGAUGUGCUAAAUAACUACGGAGCUUUCUUAGCCAAACUAG